AUGCCGUCUGCAAUAACAACGCCUGACGUGCUCCCGGUAAUGUCGCAGGAGGCCCUGCUCGCCUUCCAGUUCUCGUCUUGGUAUCCCCGCUUCUCGAGCCUCAGCAUCAAGUCGACUGUCAUUCGACCUUUGAGUCAAGAAUUUGUUGAAUACCUCGAGUCGGACGGCGUGUUCAUUCCGGAAGGAGCGGAAUAUAUGCCUGGCGAGAGUACACUCUCCGACGACGAGGAAGAUGACGAGGAAGAGGAACCUGAAGAGGAGAGACGCAAGUUUGCCUUUCCUGAGCUUGAUGAGCAAAUCCGGGCGACGGUAUCGAAGUACGGCGCUGUCUUUCCGAAGCUGAAUUUCUCAUCGCCUCGGGAUGCUGCGUGGAUGUUACCAGCAUCGUCUCCGCUCAAAUGCAUGUCUCCCGCGGAUGUAUAUUUAGUACUCAAGUCUUCCGACUUUGUGCAACACGACCUCAGCCCUGAACAUGUGUUUGAGGGCUGUGAAACAGCAUCACCUGCGCAAGGCAUUACAAGUCCAACCCUGGACUAUCAGCUUGAGCUCGCGUUGAGGAAGUGGUAUCCGGUGGAUCAAAGCCGAGAGCUCCGGUGUUUUGUCCGUCAGGAGGUGCUUUUAGGCAUCUCACAGCGCGAUCCGAAUUACUACGACUUCUGGAACGAACCAGAGACGCAGCGCAAAGUCACCGACGCUGUCAAGGAUUACUGGGAGUCAAAUAUCAAGGGUCGGUGGGAGCAAACUGGCGGCGAUUACAUAUUCGACUUUUUGCUCACGCGCGACCUCUCUCGCGGCCACAUCGUCGAUUUCAACCCCUAUGCACCGCGCACGGAUCCGUUGCUCUUCACUUACGAGGAACUGCAUGAACGGUUAUUAGCGCACACGGAAGAGCCUGAAUUGAGAGUGGUGAAUUCUCCCAGUCAUCCUGCAGCAACACGCAAUGCUCCUGCACAUCAACAUAAUAUGGUUCCGAUCGAGGCCUUAGCGAUGAGCAGCGGGAGAGAUACGCAGGAAUUUGCCGGGUUGUGGCAAGAUGAGGUACGAAGGGCGACGCAAGAGCAGGAGGAUUGA